AAUACCGAUUCAGCACUCAAUUGAAACUAUAUUAAGUAGCAAGUAAGAUUGAACAAAACACCUCCUCUAAUGCCCAUGUCAUAUUCACUUCCAUAUUGCAUUUCUGGAACAGAGAUAGCCAAACACUCGACCUCCAAAAUUGCCUGAAACCCCUUUGUCUCACAAGAUUAUGGCUUUCAAGCUUCUACAGAUGGUCCUACUUGUAAUGUUCUUACGCUCAUACGCUGUAGCAGCAGACCAAAACCAGAAAGCAAAACAGACUUUCAUAGUUCGCAUGGACAAGACCAGCAUGCCGUCAAGUUUCAAUGAUCACUCUGAGUGGUAUUCAGCAUCUUUGAAAUCAGUAUCGGACGCGGCGGGUGUCCUAUACACUUACAACAAUUUAAUCCAUGGCUUCUCCACAAGACUUACCGCCAAGGAAGCUGAGUCACUCAGAAAGCAACCAGGAAUCAUCGCUCUCCAGCCUGAAGUUAGAUAUGAGCUUCACACAACUCGGACGCCAGCGUUCCUUGGAUUAGAUAAAAACGAGGCUCUCCUCCCUACGCCCAACCAAGUGAGUGACGUGAUUGUCGGAGUAUUCGACACGGGUGUAUGGCCCGAGAUAAGGAGCUUUGACGACACGGGGCUUGGGCCUGCACCGAGUGGCUGGAAAGGUGAAUGUCAAGUGGGUACGAACUUUAAUUUAUCAAACUGUAACAACAAACUUAUUGGCGCAAGGUUUUUCUCUAAUGGAUAUGAAGAAGCGUACGGAAAGAUUGACACAAGCACGGAAUCAAAAUCACCUAGGGACGAUGAUGGCCAUGGAACUCACACCUCAACAACGGCGGCCGGAUCACCAGUUGCAGGAGCUGACCUCUUUGGCUAUGCUUUUGGGACCGCUCGUGGUAUGGCCACACAUGCCCGAAUCGCCAUGUACAAGAUUUGCUGGUUUGGUGGAUGUUUCAGCUCAGAUAUUUUGGCUGCAAUGGAGAAGGCCAUUGAAGAUGGGGUCCAUGUUAUCUCCAUGUCUAUUGGGGGAGGAAUAUCCGACUACUCCGAAGACGUUAUUGCCACAGCAGCUUUCAAUGCAGUAGCCCAGGGUAUACUUGUAUCGUGCUCGGCGGGGAAUAGUGGACCCAGUCCGGGAACUUUAACCAACGUAGCGCCUUGGCUAACUACCGUGGGUGCUGGAACCUUGGACCGUGAUUUUCCCACCGAUGUUAGCCUCGGAAACGGAAUGAGUUACACCGGUAUAUCACUCUAUGCCGGGAAACCGUUGCCUGUUUCUCAAGUACCGCUUGUUUACGCUCGGAGUGUAAGCAACGAGUCGUAUGGUCGUAUGUGCUUGAUUGGCAGUCUGAUUCCUGCAAAAGUUGCUGGGAAAAUUGUGGUAUGUGAUAGAGGAUCGAGUGCCCGGGUCGAAAAGGGUGUGGUGAUUAAAAAAGCUGGAGGCGUAGGGAUGAUAUUAGCUAAUACAGGUUCUUAUGGGGAGGAGCUAGUAGCCGAUGCACAUAUUUUGCCUACAGCAGCUGUUGGGCAGAAAGCAGGCAAUGCCAUAAAGAACUAUAUUCUCUCAGUUCCCAAUCCCACGGCUAUAGUUGGAAACGCAGUGACAAAAUUAGGAGUUCAACCAUCACCGGUGAUUGCAGCAUUCAGUUCUAGAGGUCCAAAUCCGCUCACUCCAGAAAUACUCAAGCCGGAUGUUAUAGCACCAGGAGUCAAUAUCCUAGCUGGGUGGACAGGUGCGCAUGGACCAACAGGGUUAGACAAUGAUGCCAGGCGCGUAAGCUUCAACGUCAUUUCUGGUACAUCCAUGUCCUGUCCGCAUGUCAGUGGCUUAGCCGCACUCCUCAAGGCUGCUCACCCGGAAUGGAGCCCUGCAGCUAUAAAGUCCGCCCUCAUGACCACGGCUUACACUGUAUACAAAAAUGAGGAAACCAUACAGGAUGUUGCUUCUGGAAAAGCAUCAACACCUUUUGAUUACGGUGCCGGACAUGUGAAUCCAGUGGCUGCUCUUGAUCCCGGCCUUGUAUAUGACACCACGGUAGCCGACUACCUGGACUUCCUGUGCGCCUUGAACUAUAGCUCAAGUAAGAUCAAGCAAGCCACAAACAGAGACUUCACUUGUGAUUCCAGCAAGCGAUACAGCAAAAGUGACUUGAAUUACCCAUCUUUUGUUGUUCCACUGGAGACAGCUUCAGGCAAAGGGGGCGGCAUUGGGUUGUCAACCACCAUUAAAUACACUAGAUCUCUGACUAAUGUGGGCGCUCCAGCAACAUAUAAGGUCAUCGUGUCUUCACAGGAUCCCUCUGUGAAGAUCGUGGUGGAGCCUGAAUCGCUGGUUUUCGAUAAACAUGAUGAGAGGAAGAGUUAUACAGUGACAUUCAUUGCCACUUCCAUGCCUUCUGGCUCAACCAGCUUCGCUCGUUUGGAAUGGUCGGAUGGGACUCAUUUCGUUCGCAGCCCGGUCGCUUUCAUCUGGACAUAAAUAAUAACAGGCUCCGAGGCCCGAGCUCUUAAGUACCACCAAGGUCUAGCUGCUCCCUUCAUGUUUUUUAUAAUGAAUUUAUUUGUCUUGUACAUAUUCCAGCAACCGAGCAAUGGGGGCCGGAUGCGGGUUAAAUCCAUGGAAAAUAAUUGCAAAGCAAAUCAUGUAAAAUUGAAUUACAACUAGUCUCUCAUGUUGUCUGUAAUGGCUCACAUAAUUAAAGAAAAUAAAAAGGGAUUGGUUUCGCAGCU